UUUACAGUUUUUUUGAGUGUGCUGCUUGGGGAGGCAUAUCCACUCGACCACUACAUCAAAAAACGAAAAAAACCAAAAUGAGCACCACGAUAAUCACCAGCAAUUCCUCUCCACCACCACCACCAAUGAUUAGUUCGCCCGAGUCGAGGAUCCGAAGUUUCCGCAAGUUGCGCUACGAUUCCUUGGAGAGGAUCCGGGCGAUCUAUCGGCUGGCCACCAAGUCCUUCCUGCUCAACCAGCACUCGCAAGUCUGGCGGUCGAUCAGCCUCGGACUGGAGGAUAUCCAAGAACUCUUACGACUUCCCAUCCAUCCCGCCGAAGAUGAUGAUGAUGGUAGUCCUGCUCGAAAUGCUUGGUGGCUCGGUAGUAGUGAUCAGGCUUCUUGUAUCGACUCGACUAUCGACCAGCAACUGCUCCAGCUCGAUCGCAAGUUCCAGAUCCUCAAGAUCACCUUCCUCACCUCCAUCCUCCAGUCCUCCUCAGCCAGCCAAUCAUCCUCAUCCUCGACGUUGGCUUACUCAGCUGAUCAACUCACUCAGCAGCAGUUCGACUCACUCAGCCAGUUCCUCAACUUAAACGACCAUCCCCACCGCUUCCUCCUCCGCUUACUCCACUCGAUCCUCACCACCCAUCAUGAUCAUCAUGAUCGAUCACUGGCUGAGUCAUCCACCCAGGAUGAUGACCGAUUAUUGCAUCAGCUCCAUCCUUCCAUCCUCACUGCCUUGGCACUCGCUUCCAUCAAGCUGGGCACCCCCGAGAGCGGCAGACAACUGAUCGAGGCCUGGUUCUCCUCCAUCGGAUCCUUCCAGCUCACCCUCUCCUCCUCCUCCGAAAACAACCAUCCUCAGCUGGCUUACUCAGAUCAUACUCAUAGUAAGCCCGACCAUCAGAUUCAGGGUCCGCUCAAUCUGUCCAGCGAUCUCCGCGCCUCUUAUCUCGCCCUCAUCCAGAUCUACACCAUCCAUAUCCUCGGCGCCCUUCACCAAUGGCCCGCCGCCCUCCAGUUCAUCCAUCACCUCAAAGCCGCUCUCAUCCUACCCCCCGAGAAUGUCCAUAACUUGAUCGAAGCUAUCAACACCGCCAAGGCCCAUCAAUCUCUCCAGCUGCAACGCCAACAACUCCGGCAUGAAGAGAAGCUCUCCAGACAGGCCCAGCUGCCCACUCAUCACUGCAAGAAAGCCAGCAAGAAGACCUCCCCCUCCUCCAAUCCUCCUCCUUCGGCCUCAUCACACUCCAAGCCUCGUCCCAGUAGUCUCUCGACAACACCACCAACUCCAAUCCAUCACCAUCGCCCGUCUUCCGGCCCUACUACCACUGGCUUCUCCGGCUUCCGCGCCCAUCUCGCUAACUUCGUCAAGCCCCAUCCGUCCACUCCUCCUUCUCAUCAUCAUCAAGCUCUCAAUCAUUCCCACUUUUCCUCCCUCCUGACUAGCCUCUCCAGAUCGUUCAUCCAUCUCAAAUCUCUCCUGCUCCGCUCCCUCUUCUUCCUUUCCGUCCCUCCUCCGUCCACCUCCGACCAGUCUGGGCACCCAAGCCGCGCUCGACUGCUCUCGUCCAAACUCAAGUCUUCCCUCCUCCUCCUCUUCUUCUCCUCCUCCUCCUCGCUCCUCCUUCUCUUCUUCUUCUUCAAGCUCUCGCUCCUCCCUUCUUCUUCUUCUUCUUCGUCUCGUUCGGUCUUCCCCCGGCUCAAGCUCGGCGUCGUCAAACUCUUGCUCGCCUUGGCUAGGCUGCUUCGUCCUUGAUUCUCAACUUCACUCGCCUCGUCCUUUUUGUAUUCUUAUCUGUCUUGACCUAUAUAGAGCUUUUCUUUUCGUUCUUUUUUUUUGGGGGGGGGGACAUAGGCUCGGGCCGCUGAUUUACUUUGUAUUUGUUUUUUUUCUUCUCUUCCCUCUGCUCAAAUAUCCUUCCACAUAUAUACACUACCGUUAAAUACCCGUAUCUCUCGCCUUUCCAUGUCUUCUUUGGAGGACGCGAUCAUCAUCAUCCCCCAAUGUUUUUUUAUUUAUUUAUUAUUGUUAUCGCUCUUGUUCUGUAUCCCUCACUUUUUUUUUUCUAUCGUUCUCUUGUCGUCGAUUUUCCUAGAUAUAUAUAUAUAUAGAAAGAUGUGUGGUUUAGAUUGAAGAAGGGAUUCAGCAGCCAUCAUUGAUGAAAGGAGAUGUGAUGAGCAUUACAUAGUAAAAUUAGUACAUAGAUGAAGGGGGGGGACGGCUUUC